UUUUUUUUAUGCUGUUAAAUGUGGCACACGCAGCACGAGAAUGUUUGUAUUGCGCUGUCGACGGUUUCUAAAACCACUUUCAUUUCCAGCUUCACGCUUCUUACCAGUUUUGUAUUUUGCACAAUACACUAAAAUUGUACAGAAGAAGCUCAAGUCCUCCGCGGUGGAGCCAGAGCCGCGCCGCCCCGUUCCUGCGCCUCUGUCCCCGGAGCAACUCGACAGGAUCGCCCGCAACAAGAGAGCGGCGUUAGACAAACUCGCUUCCGCUCAAACGCCUCCAGGAUUUGGGCAAAGCUGGAGAGUCGGCCUGUCGGCUGAGUUUGGAAAACCCUAUUUUAAACAAUUGAUGAAAUUUGUUGCUGAAGAGAGGGAACGCCACACUGUGUACCCACCUGCUGAACAUGUCUUCACCUGGACACAGAUGUGUGACAUCCGAGAUGUCAAAGUGGUGAUUCUUGGUCAGGAUCCAUAUCAUGGUCCUAACCAAGCUCAUGGAUUGUGUUUUAGCGUCAGAAGACCAGUGCCACCUCCACCCAGUUUGGAGAACAUGUACAAAGAACUGGUGUCGGACAUUGAAGGAUUCCAGCACCCUGGACACGGAGAUCUGACUGGAUGGGCCAAACAAGGUGUGUUGUUGCUCAACGCUGUGUUGACCGUAAGAGCGCACCAGGCCAACUCGCACAAAGACAAAGGCUGGGAGACGUUCACUGACGCCGUGGUGCAGUGGCUCAGCAGCAACCUGGAAGGCCUCGUCUUCAUGCUGUGGGGCUCUUACGCUCAGAAGAAAGGAGCUGCUAUUAACAGGAAGCGCCACCACGUCCUGCAGGCUGUGCAUCCUUCUCCGCUGUCUGCUCAUCGAGGAUUUUUUGGAUGCAAGCAUUUCUCAAAGGCCAACGAGCUGCUAAAGAAAUCUGGAAAGUCUCCCAUAAACUGGAACGCACUUUAAGUUGUUACGCAUGUCACCUUUUCUAACAUGUUUGUUGGUUAACUAGAGACCAAACCCACCUAUAAGCUUUUUCAGUCUCAUGUUUUAGCAACAGGACGUGCAGAUACAUUUUUGUUUGUUUGUUUACAAAAGAGUUCACGUUUGUUAUGUUCUGUGCUGUUCACUGAAUUUGUGUUUGUAUUUCAUCAUUGUGAUACAACUUUGUGUCCUUUGUAGUUCUUGGCUUUUUCAACAUUGUAAAUAUGUGUCCUUUUUUUAUUGAAACUGUUCUAUUAAAAAGCUGCCCAUACUCCCCUGGAGAGUUUCAGGAUCA